AUGCCUCUGCAAAGAAUAUGGCGACCCUGGACGGCGAGACGGUUCGUCACUCCGCCACGGAGUCGAAGCACGCAGCGCCGCACCUUUCUAGGCCUUCAGCGCGGCCCUCCUCAAUCGCAGGCAACAAACGCAUAUCUGGUCGGCCAAGGCCUGAUCAUUGUCCUGCUCGUCGAUUUGGCAAUUGCGACCGCGAUGCAGGACAAGACGACUUUCCGCUCCAUCUGCCAAGCUGCCGGAUGGUGGCAGGAUCCUCCACACUUCCAGGAGGCCCACGGCAGCGGUGAUGCCAGCGCAGAGGGUGAGAACUGA